UAUAAAUAAUAUUUAUUGUUCACAGGUGGGGAACAAGACGAAGAUGCAACGAAACUUAUAUAAAAAUCAUACGAAGGUUUGUAAUCUACUAUGGUUUUUUUGAAAAUGUACUAUGUAGAAAAAACGGUGUACUAAUCAGAUAAUGACACCUGCCUAUAGGUCGAUGCGUCAAUCAAAUACUGACAUGUGUCAACACAAGUAGCAAUGCACCAAUCCGCGCUCCAUUAAAAAUCUAGCGUAGUUUCGAAAUGGAAACAGAGAGAGAGAGAGAGAGAGAUGAUGAUGAGAGGCAAAGACGAAUCGAUGAGAGAGCGACUUUCUUCAUCUCGCGAUCCGACGAUCACCAUUGAGAAGGAAGGAGAGACGCGGAGAGAAGUAGAAGAGCUGAGGAGAAAGCUAGCCAUGGAGAAGAAACGGAUGAAUCGGAUUAAGCUUUGCAGUUCGAUGGAGCUUCUUCUUCUCGUCGUUCUGGUUCUGUUGCUUUCCACGUUCGUCCUAGUCUUCUUUCUCUCAUCUCCUUGAUUGUAUCAGCGUCUGUUGCUAGUUCCAAUUCGAUCACAUUAUCAUCUUAUCUUAUGUUAAAGGGAUGGUCAUCACCUUGAUUGAUUACA